GGACGUGGGGGGUGGGAAGCAGCCGGGCCCCCCCCCCCAUUUCCUCGGAGUGUCCCCCGGGGCGUGGGGUGCCCCCGGCCUCGUGACGCCGCGGCCUCAAUGCCGCCUUGUGCCCGCGCCGCCCGCGUGACGCCAGCGCCGCUGCCCCGUGGCACUGACGGGGCCCCGGCGUGGCCGUGUCCCCUCGCAGGGACCCCGCGGUGUCCCCAGCGCCGUCCCGGUGCCAUGGCCGUUGUUGUCACCGUGCUGCUGGCGCUCGUCUCCGCUGCCACCGGCGCUGCGGGCACCCCGGGGGCAUCGUGGAGUGCUGUGCCCAGGAGGACCGUGCCCUACGAGGAGCUGCAGGACACUGCCAAGCGUUUCUCCCAGGGCGGGGUCUCUCACUACCUGACGCUGACGCUGGACGAGGCCGAGGCGCUGCUCUACGUGGGUGCCCGCGAGGCCGUGUUCGCCCUGGCCACGGGCACCGUGGAGCUCAAGGCGGCGAUCUCCUGGGAGGCGCCCGUGGAGAAGAAGGCGGAGUGCGUGCAGAAGGGCAAGAACAACCAGACCGACUGCUUCAACUACGUGCGCUUCCUGCAGAGCUACAACAGCUCCCACCUGUACGCCUGCGGCACCUACGCCUUCCAGCCCAAGUGCACCUACAUCGAGCUCUCCGGCUUCACCCUGGACCCGGUGGCAUUCGAGGACGGCAAAGGCAAAUGUCCCUACGACCCCACCAAGGGCCACACCGGCCUCAUCGUGGAUGGGGAGCUCUACUCUGCCACCUUCAACAACUUCCUGGGCACGGAGCCCGUCAUCCUGCGCAACCUGGGCCCGCACUACUCCAUGAAGACGGAGUACCUGACCUCGUGGCUCAACGAGCCUCACUUCGUGGCGUCGGCCUUCGUGCCCGAGAGCGCGGGCAGCGGCGACGACGACAAGGUUUACUUCUUCUUCAGCGAGCGCGCCGUCGAGUACGACUGCUACGCCGAGCAGGUGGUGGCACGGGUGGCACGGGUCUGCAAGGGUGACGUGGGCGGCGCGCGCACGCUGCAGAAGAAGUGGACGUCGUUCCUGAAGGCGCGCCUGGUGUGCUCGGCGCCCGAGCAGCAGCUGCACUUCAACCGCCUGCAGGCCGUGUUCACGCUGCCCGGUGCCCGCUGGCAGGACACCGCCUUCUUCGGCGUCUUCCAGGCCCGCUGGGGUGACGUGGACGUCUCUGCCAUCUGCCGCUACCCCAUCCUGGAGGUGAAGAAGGCCUUCGAGGGGCCCUACAAGGAGUACCGGGAGCAGGCGCAGAAAUGGGGGCGCUACUCGGGCAAGGUGCCCACGCCCCGGCCCGGCUCGUGCAUCACGGACUGGCACCGGCAGAACGGCUUUGCCAGCUCGCUGGAGCUGCCCGACAACACGCUCAACUUCGCCAAGAAGCACCCGCUGAUGGACGAGCCGGUGCCGCCGCAGCGCGGGCGCCCGCUGCUGCUCAAGAGGGAUGCCAACUUCACCCAGCUCGUGGUGGACCGCGUGGCAGGGCUGGACGGGGCCACCUACGAGGUGCUCUUCAUUGGCACAGGUGACGGCUGGGUGCACAAGGCGCUGGAUUUGGGCACCCACAUCCACCUGGUGGAGGAGCUGCAGGUGUUCGAGCCGGCUCAGCCCGUGGAGAGCCUGGUACUGGCGGGCACCAAGAAGCUGCUGUUCGCCGGGUCCCGCUUGCAGGUGGCACAGCUGCCCCUGGCGGAGUGCGGGCGCUACCAGUCCUGCACCGACUGCGUGCUGGCACGGGACCCCUACUGCGCCUGGAGCCGCAACGGCAGCGCCUGCGUCCGCGCCGACGGGCACAACGGGUCCCACCUGGUGCAGGACGUGCUGAGCUCCGACACCGGCGCCUGCUCCGUGCCACAGGUGGCCAAGCAAGGUGAGACCCUGCUGGAGCAGGGCGCCCGCCUGCCCGCCCAGGAGUACCGCGUGGCCGUGCUGGCCGGCCCGGGCGCGCCGCUGGAGACGCGGGCGCCGCCGGAGAGCCUGGGCGCGGUGUGGGUGCUGGCCGUGUGCCUGGGCGCCCUGUGCCUGCUGCUGCUGCUGGCCGUGCUGUCGCUGUGGCGCCGGCUGCGCCACGAGCUGGGCAAGGGCGCCAAGGCCAUCGAGAGCACGCUGGUGUACCCCAUCGAGCUGCCCAAGGAGCCGCCCAGCCCGCGCUUCGUGCCCAGCGCCGCCUCCGACUCGGACGAGAAGCUCUGGGACCCGUCCAGCUAUUACUGCUCGGACGGCUCGCUGAAGAUCGUGCCGGGCCACGCCAGCACGGCGGGCGCCGCCCGCUGCCGCAACGGCGGCCCCGGCGCCGCCUCGCCGCCCGCCGCCAUCCCCGGGCAGCCGCUGCACUCGCCCACCCGCAUCCACCUGGGCCCCCUGCGCGGCUCGGCCUCCAACGGCUACAUCCGCCUGGCGCUGGGCGCCGAGGAGCGCCCGGCCUGCGCCGACCUGGCCGAGGAGCUGCGGCGCAAGCUGCAGCAGCGCCAGCCCCUGCCCGACUCCAACCCCGAGGAGUCGUCGGUGUGAGCCGUGCCCGCCUCCGCUCCGGGAGCCGGCGCGGGCGGCGCGGGGCGGGCGCGGCACGGCCGGCGAGGCAUCCGGCUGGGGACGGGCGGCUGGCAUCGGAACCCGGCUGGGGACCGGCGCCUGGCAUCAAAACCUGGCUGGGGACGGGAGGUUGGCAUCGGAACCCGGCUGGGGACGGGCACCUGGCAUCAAAACCUGGCUGGGGACGGGAGGUUGGCAUCGGAACCCGGCUGGGGACGGGCGCCUGGCAUCAGCACCCUGCUGGGGACGAGUGUUUGGCACCAGGAUCCAGCUGGGGAUGGACACGUGGCACUGGCACCCAGCUGGGGAUGGACACCUGGCAUUGGGACCCAGCUGGGGAUGGACACGUGGCAUCGGAACCCGGCUGGGGACGGGCGCCUGGCAUUGGGACCCAGCUGGGGACGAGUGUUUGGCACCAGGACCCAGCUGGGGAUGGGCACCUGGCAUUGGGACCCAGCUGGGGACGAGCGUCUGGCGCUGGCACCCGGCUGGGGUUGGACACCUGGCAUCAAAACCUGGCUGGGGACGGGCGCCUGGCACCAGGAUCCAGCUGGGGACGGGCACCUGGCACCGGCACCCGCCUUGGGGACAGGAUUGCCACACUGGCACCUGCCCUGGGGACAGCAGGGUGACCCCAGUACCCGCCUUGGGGACGGCAGUGUCGCCACAGGGUGUGCCCCGUGUCACCCCAGUGCCAGCGCCCACCUUGGGGACAGGAUUGUCACCCUGGCACCAGGGAUGGGACUCCCACCCUGGCACCCAGGAUUGUCACUUGGGUACCUUGGGCACAGGCCUGGCGCCGCUGCCCACCCAGCCGUGCCACCGCGUCCCUCGGGGGUCCCGGUGCCACCACCUUCGGUACGGUGUCCCCAUGGAGGGACGGUGUCCCCAUGGAGGGACGGGCCCGGGGACGCCUCUGUGCCCACCUUGUGCCCGCCGCCCUCGGGACGAUUUCUUUGGGCCGAUUUCGGGUUUUUCUCCCUGACAUUUUUCUAUCUCCACCCCCUCCCUCCGUGCCCCCUUGCCAGGGCUCUGUGCCCACCCUGCCCUGGCCUUUGUCCCCCCCUGUCCCCAACCCCUGCACGCCCCCCACCCCUUUUGUAUAAGCCCCACCCCAGUGUAAUUUAUUUGUUACCGAAAUUAUAUUUAUUUGCUGUAAAUACCUGAGUAUUUUUAUAUUCAUAAUAAAAGGACUUCCAAAAAAAAGCCA